GUGGUAAUGAUAACUUCCUUUUAAAGAAAAGUUGGAUAACAAAUUAAAAGUUAGAUAGAAAAUAAAUUUUGAUUUAAAUAGAAUGAAUGAAUGAAAUAGGGUUUUCUGCUCCAACCGGGCUAAUGAAGACGGGGGAUGAUUUACAAAGGCAACUACCUGGUAUUAUGCUGUCUUAAAUUCUAUGGUUUCUUGUACAAGAUAUGGGGUUUAACGUCCUACUGUUUUGAACCUACUAAAAAAGCUAAUGAAGAUGAGUCUGGACAGCGGCACUACAACAUGCACGUUAAUGUGAACACAGGACCUCAGUUUUCCAUCCCAUCCGAAUGACUAUACUUUGUCCCUAUAAUGAAAUUUCUCUUUCAACACAGGAAUCGAACAGUGGGUCUCCAGGUUAGCAAGUCAACCUUACUGAGCCAUGGCUCCCCUGGCCCUGUGGUUUUGUUCAGUACUAUAAAAAAUCGAUUAUUAUUUUAUUUAUUUGGUUUUGACAUGAUUUAAUUAUGAUGUCUGGCCAAAUUUAGCCAACCUUAACCUUGGUCCAUAAUACUAAUAGUAAUAGACAUAAUAAUAGUGCAUUGAAAUACGGGUAGGGACAAGUAAUCUAAUGUGUCAUGCGGAGAUAACUUUAUCCAAGGAACAUGUGAAAACCAACUUGAGAAAACAAGCUGUCAUCCCUAACAUUCAAAAUAGAUUAUUCCAACUGACUCAAGAUAUAUUCGUAAUAUUAUUUCACUAUUUGCUAAGCAUGUCAUUUACAAAUACAUCUUGUAAAACAACGUGGAAACUUUAACAGAAGUAACAAAUCAAUUAAUGAAUGAAGUAAAAAAGGUUUAUAGAGAACAUGGGAAAUUAACCGAUGAAAUAUUAUCAGCACUACAGUUUGUUUAUCAAACACCACUUCUACCAGCUCUAGAAUUAAUAGAUAAUGAAUCAGUAACAUUGAUAACUUCAAGUAAUGGAAGGCAGGUAUAUCAGGUUGUCGGUAGUGCUGGUACCAGAUAUUAUACAUGUUUUACAUCUAGUAAAUAUUGUUCUUGUCCAGCGUACAGAUUCUCAGUACUGAAAAAAGAAGAUUAUAUAAUGUGUAAACACGUAUUAGCAAUAGAAUUAUGUAAAGCCAUGGAUUUAUUGAAGACAAAUGAGAUUAGUGAUAAAGAGUUAUCUACUAUUAUACAAGAACUGGAAUGAAUUUUUUUGUUUGAUUUUUUUUUUUGUUGAAAUUAUGUUGAUCAUUAAAGUUUUAUAUUUUCUUA